AGUGUCGCUUUCGUCUUUUUAUUUUUCUUUCUUCCAUGACGUUUUGCAUUUGCUUUUGUUUCGGCCAAAAAUCAUCUGCAUCUCCGCCGCUGGACCUUUCUCCGGGCCAGCCCGAUCGUAUCAAUCUAUUAUAGCGCUCUGAUCUGACGCGGACGUCGCCAUUGUAUACUUACCAGUACCACAGUUGCCUAAAAGGAACCUCGUCAUGCCGUCAGCGUCACCUGCGUGUGCGCCUGCCUUGUGCCGCCACGCGGCCCAGCACCAGCAAGGACGUCGGUUAUGUCAGUUGCAUGGUUGUGGUUCUUCUUCAUCUCGUUGCCAUGUAUUUGCCCUACGGACAAACCCGGUCGUGAAAACUUUCCUGCCAACAUGUGGAGCGCGAAGUUGUCGUUCGUUCUCUUCCUCUUCGUCCGCGAUGGACAAUAUUGGAGGCACUAGUCUCAGCGAUGAGCAGGAUGCUGCAGGAGCUGGAGUUGUGCCAGCGGGAACGGAAGAUAAUAAACCACCUGGGACCGCAGAAAAUUCGAACGACACCAAUCUCGCGGAGAACAACGACAGCAAGCCCAAGCCUCCUAAGAAGAGCGUCGUCUUUCCGCGCGCUACCGCCGCAGCUGCCGACGGCGACCGGUCGGGGAUCACAAACUAUUAUCGCGCAAAAGAUAAAGCUGAUGAUUUGCUGAACCAGAGGGUGAUGGCCAUGGUGGCUGCGGUGCCCGCGAGAUCCAGCGGGUCCCUUUCCGAAGUUGUUUUCCAGCCGCGGAGAAACGUGAACCGGCACACACUGUACCGGAUCACGCAACUGCGGCGGACCAAGCGGUACUUGUUGGCGCGCCUGAAAGAGGUGGAAGAGCAACAUGUGGAGAAAAUUUCUAGCACACAGGCGGUUGAAGGUGAUGUUGACGAUGAAGGCGGAGGUGUAGUGGUAGAGCAGCGCGACCGCGAGGUGGAAAUAAAAUCAGAGAAAGAUGAAAGUGAGAAGAGCGGGGAUCAUGGUGGCGUUGCUCAACGAGGGGACGAUAAUGAUAAUCUUCACCUGCUGGACGACCUCUCAGCACAGACCUCAGAAUCGGAUGCCGCCGCUGCUAGUGAAGGCGAAAAGUGGUCACAGCCACAAGCAGAAGUACUUCUACCUACGGCCAGUAAGAACGGCCCGUCCUCCGCGGGAAGACCGUCGUUGAUCAACAUCACUCCCGAGGAGAUACAGGAGCGCUUGCUGGAAGUGGAGACGGAGCUUCGGCUACUCGGGGUAGAGGACGGAGACGUAGAAGUGGGUGCGGACGAAGGAGGGCGUCGACACGGAAUCGAUGUUGAAAUGAAUCAUAAUGAAGAUGACCACAGCAUCGACGAUGCAUCACACGACGACCACACACGUUCCUACCCCCCGACCGCGGAGCGGUACCUGCAGGAGCGUUUGACAGCACUCGCUGGCGAACAGCAAUGUAAAAGUCUACUUCAUGGAAGAAAGUCCUCCUCUGCGAAAUCGAAAAAUAAUUCUAAAUCUCUUUGGUCUCGCGUCCGCGACUACAGUCGGUUGCCCAUGAUCAUGACCAACCGGCGCUGCGACAGGGACGCGUUCGUACUGCUCGACAAGCAGAGAGAAGAAACAGUGAUCGAUGAUGAACAUGUUGAUCAAGUAGGUGGAAGCGGCGCUGCAGUUGGUGCAAUUACAGGCUCUUCAGCUGAUGAAGAACGACGAGAAGAUAAUACAGAGAAGACGACAGCCUCAGCCACUUCACAUACGUCGACUUCUUUGUUGGAGCGGCGCUUGCACACACUGUACACGAUGUCCAAUUCACAUGGUAUCAGCUGGGACGAUAUGAACUGCAAAACAAGUAUCGUACUCGUAUAAAUGCAUUACAAAUUAGCUCAGCGUGAAAUAUUAAAUUUGUCACGCUAAAUUACAUAAAAAAAUCAGAUUUGUCAUGCUAGUCUGGCAUUUAUACGAGUGCGAUACUUUUGCAUUUGAUAGACGAACUUGACGAAGAGUACCUGCGAUGGGCGCACGAGGGCCAGAGCCGCGCCCACCAGUGGAACAAGCUGGUUUGGCCGCCCGCGCUCAACUACUCGAGUGACAGCGCCGUCACAGCGGCGAGGGAGGCGCAGAAGGUAUGCAUUGCAAAUAUGUCGGGGUCUGGAAGGCUGCAACUUGCAAUGCUGUCUCUGGAUUCUGAAAAAAGUUGUAUUGCAUGACCAGCAAGAGGAUUCCAGCUUGUGCUACGCGGAGAGGGCAUUUCUCAUGCGGUAGAGGUAUCGCAAAGCGCUCUAAGAAUCUGUGAUGCUACGGCAUGCAUCACAGACAUCAUGGGUCAUGGAAAAUAUGCAUGACAAAUCUAGAAAUCUAGAAAUCUUCCAAGACCCAGACACUUUUACAUUUGAUAGAAGGAGGCGAAGAACGAGAAAAACCUGGAGGAGGACGUUUUCUCCACCCAACUGGACAUUCCUACUGCAUCAACGCGAACACCUGUAUCAAGUGGGUUGAACAAUGCUACUGGACCUGACCAUGGGGAGGACAGCGAGGUCGACAGUCUUGAGGAAGACAGAAGACACGAUUGCUUCAGUGCUACCAAGACAGCUUCUGGGUCGACGCUAAACGAAAACAAGCCGAAAAGAAAAAAGAUCGACUACACCCCGAGAAUUCGCUCGAUGGAGGAAGAGCUGCUGUCGCAGGUCCGCUAUGCAGCCUGGUGGCGCGCGACGAAAGUGAUCGAGGCGCGGAUUCGCGAGCGGAAAAAGCGGGAGGAAAGCUACGAAAUCACGGAAAUGCAGAAGCAGGCGAUGGUGUCCGGCUUGCGGCGGGCGACCCUGCACCGCUGGAAACAGUUGUACCUGAAAUGGUACCGGCCGGGGCAGCUCGUGCGGCACCUGCGGGAAAUUGUGUUGCUCAGACAAAACGAACGCGAACUCGCGGAACGGGUGGGCGCGGCCAACAACCGUCGACGUCGUUCUGCUCAGGUGGCGUGAGGAGUUUUCUGCUGGACAAAGAUGAAAGUUCUUUUUUUUUCGAAGAUGAGGAACUGCUCAUGAUGAAGUGGUGCGUAGUGGACUCUAACUCUACGCACAUUUUUAAUGCAGCACAUUUAUGGAGUUAGAGUAUGCUUCUACAACAACUUGCGCUUCCCCUUCCCCUGUUCAUUCAAAAAAAAUGAUUUAGGGACAAUUUUUCGACCCUUGAGAAGAUGCUGGAACAGUGCCGGAGAUGAACGUUAAGACUGAAGACAUGCGAAAAGUAAACAACGGGAGCUGCGUAUUGUUGUUGAAGAAGCCAAUGCUGUAUGCAAAGUUUUGAAAUGAUACCUGCUCUUGCAAGGGCGGUGGAUUUGCUGAUGGUGCUGGUGGCACAGCAGAAGUUGCAAAGCUCCUAGUCGUCUAGACGAGCAACACUCGUUUAUCGUUUUCGCUUUCUUCUUUCCUUUUCCUACUAGACAAGGAUGUUGAUAUCUGUUGACGCACAACAUCCUUGUGUAUUCGUAAUUUUAGCCCGUUGUUGUAGCGAUCCGAGCAUGUUGUGGCAGUUCCUGUCGCAGAAAAAGCACUAAUUUGCUUUUAUGUAUUUCAUUGUUUUUGAUGAACAUGAAUUUCAAAAUUUACCAAAUCCGAAAAGGGCAGUACAUUACACCAAGUCUCUGCAUGGAACAAACUGAAGAGAACGGUCAGCACCCUCAUGACCAUCUUUCCGUACGUUGCAACUAUUUCAUUCCUGAAGUCCUGCCAUAGCCAUUUGCACAACCACAAGCACAGAUUGACGACGUA